CAAACUGGAACUGAAAAAAAAAGUUAUUAAAUUACUGGCACCGUCGAGCUUGUAAAGUAGUAUCAUAUUCCAAACCAAGUGUUUGUAGUUUUGUCUACAGUGAGAUUACUACCAUCAAGGGUUACGGAAGUGCACGAUGUCAGCGAUGCGUAACUUGACUACUGCGGCCAAGAUUUUGUCCAGAAAUCUUGCCCCAACAUGCCGACGAGCUGGCGGUUCCGUUGUACCGGCUCGGUACAUGCAGCACUAUCCGAUCGACGAAUGUUUGUUUGGUUUGAACGAAGAGCAGCAACAGCUAAGACAAACUGUGUUCAACUUCGCUCAAAAAGAACUGGCACCAUUUGCACAGGAGAUUGAUAGAAAAAAUGAAUUCAAGGACAUGCGCGCAUUUUGGCGAAAGCUCGGUGAUCUUGGAGUUCUUGGCGUAACGGUGAAACCGGAGUACGGUGGCCUUGGUGGAACCUAUCUGGAUCAUUGCAUCGUGAACGAAGAAAUUUCGCGUGCCUCCGGCUCGGUUUCCCUUUCGUACGGUGCUCACUCGAACCUUUGUGUCAACCAAAUCCAUCGCAACGGUAAUGAGGAGCAGAAGCAGCAGUACUUGCCGAAAUUGUGUAAUGGCGAGCAUAUCGGGGCACUAGCCAUGUCGGAGGCCGGUUCCGGCAGUGACGUUGUCUCGAUGAAGUUGCGGGCUGAUAAAAAAGGAGACUAUUACGUGCUAAACGGAACCAAAUUUUGGAUCACUAAUGGACCGGUGGCGGACACGUACAUUAUCUACGCCAAAACCGAUCUAUCCGCCAAACCGCAGCACGGAAUUACUGCGUUCAUCGUCGAACGCGACUCGCCCGGAUUCACCCAGGGUCCGAAAUUGGACAAGAUGGGCAUCCGCGGCAGCCCAACGGGAGAACUGAUCUUUGAGGACGUGAAGGUGCCCGCGAAAAACAUCCUUGGUGGGUUGAACAAGGGCGUUUACGUUCUGAUGUCUGGACUUGAUUUGGAGCGACUGGUGCUUGCUGCCGGACCGGUCGGUCUCAUGCAGGCUGCCUGCGAUGUCGCAUUCGAGUAUGCUCACACCCGGAAGCAGUUCAACACGCGCAUUGGAGAGUUUCAGCUGCUGCAGGGCAAGAUGGCCGAUAUGUACACGACGAUGAACGCGUGUCGGGCUUACCUGUACUCGGUGGCAAGGGCCUGUGACCAAGGAAAAGCAAAUCCUAAGGAUUGCGCGGGCGUGAUUCUGUACUGCGCCGAAAAGGCAACCCAAGUGGCCCUGGACGCGAUCCAGAUUCUCGGAGGAAACGGAUACAUUAACGAUUAUCCUACCGGGCGCAUAAUGCGGGACUGUAAGCUGUACGAGAUCGGCGCCGGAACAUCGGAAAUUCGACGUAUGUUGAUCGGACGUGCCCUGAACAAGGAGUACGAAUAGUUUUCAAUUACUAUCGGAUCCACCGAAGAGUGCAUCUCCGGUUGCAAUGUGACAACAUGCUAGCGAGCAGUGCACACAGUGCAUUUAUUGACUCAUAAGACGUUCAAAACGCAUCUAUAACUAUUCCAAAACACCUCAAGUGCAUUUACUAGUUGUAAUAUUUCCGGAAAGUGGGCAAAUAAAACUAUGCUGAGAUUUAAUUUGCAUAAUACUUUUUCUACUCUUUUCACGUUUUUUAUCGGAAAAGCACCAAAAUUUGAGAAUAUCACAAGAAAUGCUCUAAGCUCAAAAACACAGAACUCCACGCUAAAGGAAGGUGGUGCUAGUGAAAACGUGGAAUACGACAGAAAGACCACAUGGAUUGGAUGAGUUAGGUGUAAUCUUUGUUGCCAACGUCGAUAAGGAUUUUUAGAUUAGGUUACUAUUUGAAACUCAAACGGGUGCUCGGAAAUGUUACGUAAAAUCUACUGGACUUGGUACUGCCCAAGAAGGCCCACUAACGAAAUAGGCAUAAAAAGGAAGCAGAAAAAUUUAUCACCGAUGGAAA